AUGUCAACCGUACUAUACAACACAAAUUCCACGUUCAUACAACGAUACCAAAGGAAUAGUCUUCGACAGAAUAAAAAUUCUUCAAUUGGAAAAGAUGGGACAACAACUGCUGCGAUUGCUUCACAAAUAGACGACGAUCCCUUUGUUUCCAAACACAUCAAAGACUCCCCAGAAUAUUUACAGCAAUUGUGUUGUUCAUGUCUGCCAUCAUCAUUGCAUCAAAGAAUAAGGAACCUUAAGGUCACACCCGAUUUAGAAAUUGUAGCGCUAGUGGCAUUGAUUUACAAGAAUUUCAUUAGUCAUUGGUACGGUGUCAAAAUACCCACCAAUGAUACUCAAUUUGCUACAGAGAUAUAUAAUAUUGUUGAAAGGUUGAUCUCGUACCUUCGUGAGAAGUCAAAUUUGAAUACUAAGUUAAUACUUUUGGAUGAAUUCCCCGUAUUAUUGUCAAUUCACAUAUGUGCUCUUCGUUCGAUUAAUACAAAACAAACUAUGGGCUCUGGCGAUAUUUAUAAACAAUACACUAAACUAACUUUAUACGAAGAGGAUACAUAUCCUUACAUCAUUACAGCCCUUAUACAACAAUCUCUGGAUAACACUUCGCUUCUUCAAGGGACAUUUAUUGAUGCACUUUUCAACCAAUUGUUACUGGGAAGAGUCUUUGACAGUAUCACUGAGCCUUAUUAUGUCUUAAGAGGUAUUUCUAAAUUAUGUAAUAAAAUAAUUGAACGAAACAACACAAAAAUUUCCUCGAACACUGUAUCAUACUGGUCUAUGAUAAAGGCAAAACUGUCAAAAAUAAGGAAAAUGGUAACUUAUGUUUCAUCAUACGAAGACAGUAGUAAGGAUAAGAAUUAUGAUUCUUUGAUGAACAAAUAUAUUACCCAUACAUUCUUCGUCGAUUUGCUUCAAUUAGAGAUAAAAAAACCUUUACUCUAUUCAACGUUAAAAUUUAUACAGAAUUUAUGCUCAAGAUCUAAUACGAUCAAUAAGAUUUUUAACAAUACUCUGGAUACGCUUAUCAAUAAAAAAGUAAUGAACUCCACCACCGUAGGUUCAUUAACAAGACUUGUGCGACAUACAUUGUUUCCAAAUGAUAAUUUUAUGGGACCACGUACCGUAAUACCCACAGGGGUACACUUUGAGGAGUUUAAGAAUGAUAGAAUAGAGGAACUGUGGCAAGUAUGCACUAUUUACAAAGCUUCUCUUGUAUUAAACAUAACAAAAGAUGAUGUUAAAACUUUUAUCGAUUCUAUUUGUAUUAGUAAAGAAUGCAACAAAUUAUUGAUGUUUAGGCUGAUUGACUGCAUGCUAGCCCAUAUCAUAGAUAACAAUAAAGAGACACAUGAAAUUUCUGAGAGUCAGUAA